GUCACCUACCAGUAUAACUGGUUAUAAUAGGCUGCAUAAUGGAGUUUCCUGAUGUGAACUAUAUACAGAAUAGAGACUAAUAAACGUCAUAAUUGGAAAGGCUUCGAAACGAUGGGCAGAAAAACCCCUUUGCGUGUUGUAAAACACAGACCCUGCAACUGUUGGCCGAUGGAAUUAUUAAAACACCUUCCCUUUUAUGCAAUGACGAUCCCUUUAAUUCUCGGGUGGUGACACGCCCAGAUUUUGAAACGUGCACCAGUAGAAAAUAGGUCCAUGGCUGAGUGGUAAAAUUUUAAACAUUAAGCAAGCUAAUACAGAUGGAAAGAAGGAUCCUGUGUACUGAUUACCAGUGGUUUACAAUUCGUGUGAUUUCUUGUUAAAUUGGGCAAUAAAUGGUGCCCUCGCAGUGAUACCAGCUAAGGAGGUGGUGAAGCGGUCGAUGUGAUAACGGAGGCGCUGUCCUUCAGGCCGCCGGUAUCUCGUUUAUAGAAUACUACCAGAUCUCUGUCUGCUCUGAAGAGCAUCCAAUCUCUGACAAUGUCUUGGAUCCAGGAGGCAGAGCUGAAUCCUGUGGAAAGGUUGUGUGCAUCCAUUUUAAAGGUUGGUCCAAUGCCUGAGCAUGUGGCAUUCAUAAUGGACGGAAAUCGACGCUAUGCACAGAAAUGUCGAGUGGAGAGACAGCAGGGUCAUUCUCAAGGCUUUGAGAAACUGGCAGAGACCCUUCGCUGGUGUUUGAACCUGAAUAUCCGAGAGGUGACUGUUUAUGCUUUCAGUAUUGAGAAUUUCAAGCGCUCCAAAGAGGAAGUGGAUGGACUGAUGGAACUCGCACGACAGAAAUUCACAAGACUCCUUGAGGAACAAGAAAAUUUGAAGAAACAUGGUGUUUGCAUCAGAGUCUUAGGAAACCUAACCCUGCUACCUGUUGAUAUCCAAGAGUUGAUUGCACAGGCAGUGCUGGCAACACAGAGUUACAACAAGUGUUUUCUGAAUGUGUGCUUCGCCUACACCUCUCGGCAUGAGAUCACCAGUGCAGUUCGCGAGAUGGCUUUGGGUGUUGAAGAAGGGUUAUUGAAACCCAGUGACCUUUCGGAGUCUCUGCUGAGCAGGUGCCUGUACUCUAGCAGCUCUCCAGACCCAGACCUACUGAUCCGCACAUCUGGGGAGGUGCGACUCAGCGACUUCUUGCUCUGGCAGGUGAGGAGCUGA